AUGGAGACGCAGGACAGCAUCGACAUCGCGAAACUUCAACGCGACGCGUUGGGACUAGAGCACGAACCAUCGCAGCCAUUAUCUUCUAGCCUGGCGGCGAUUGACAGCACUUCACCAAAUAAUUCCUCUCAUAUCGUCCAUUCUGUCAUUCCUUCUCAUGGUGACGCACCGCCGACCGUCCCCGAGUUGUCUGUACCUCGCUCAUCGAACACACCCAAAUCACAUCCGAAACAGCAAUCCUGCCUCCCUGUCACAAUACAACAUGCGAAAGCCUCAAUGAGCUUCCAUACCAGUGCACCCACAUCAAAAACUACACAGCCUGGGGAUAGACCACAGGUCGACAAAAUGGAUUCUGUAGAGGGUGACCCCGGGGAUACCCAAGUUGUCUCACAGUCCGUGUACGAUGGUAUCAUUCGCCAGAAUGGGGAAUCUGUAUACGGAGAUUUUUUACAGAACGGUGCCGAUAAUGCAACACUCAUGACACUGCACGAGGGUGAUAGUGGUCAUCUCGACAUCCUCGCCGAUUUCAAUAAUUUACGCCACGAAGCAAACCAGUCUCCAACGAAUGAUGAUGAAAGCGUCUACGGUCAAAGCCCCUCCUCCCCGAUCGCUGACCACAGCCUUCAACCCGAAUUCUUCCCCGAAUCACAACGAUUUUUGACGACUACCCCAGCCACUGCAAUCAAGAAGAAGAACCAAACGCCCGGCACAGCACAAACUCCCAGCGCCUCGAGAAACCCGUUAUUGGCUGAUCUUGGAUCGAGUGGUGGUCUGUUGAUGGGCCUCAGUCAAGCUUUCAAGAAUACCCAGGCUCCUUCAUCUCCCCUCGUCCACGGCCUUCACUCCGAAUUAGCAUCGGACCGUCCUUCACCCAAUGUCCCCAUCCAGCAACGAAUACAUAACCCAAUCUCCUCGCCACUCGUGAACUUCCGCGGAAACUUCGCACGAGAGUCUUCUGAGCCGAACCUCAACUACAUAUCCUUGAAGGAAUCACAACAUAACCGCGACAUGUCGCUGGGAGAGAGGUUGACGCGAUCGGAAGAAAACCUGCACUCAGGGGAUCAGAUCGAUCAAGAUUUCUACAAAGAACCUUCAUUUGUGGAGGCUGCGAGGCGCAAACGGGAGAUUGAUGAGGAGACUGCGGCGCAAUUUGCAGCCUUGAAUACGCCCGGUCGACCUGGAAGUGAUGUUGGUGAAUCCUCCCCUGCCACUUCUAUUCACAUCCACGAGGAUGAUGCAAUUGGGAUGCACGGCGCCGGCAGCGAAGAGGAAACCGAACAAGAAGAAGAUGCAGGCCCGCAAGAGGACAAAGAAAAUUACAUCUCUCCCCAUGAGCCUGUAGUUGCAACUAGCAGUGCACACGACCGUUUAUCUCAGGCCCUUGGCAUAGAAGGAGGCCAGCCAGCACCAGAUCAUGCCGAUGAUGCUGUGGAUCAAGACUUGAGUGACGUGAAUGAUUCUGAUAAUCAGCUCGUCUCUAGGUCUUCGCAGGUGAUGGUCAAGGAUUCUCAGCAAACACCGCAGGGAUCGCCGAGACGAGAAAAUGCACCGUCUGGUCUGCAGCCAGUUCCGGAGGACAUGGAAAUUGACACAGAAAUCCACGUUGCCCGGACCUCUCCCGCUGUUCAGCAUCUAGAGUCGCCGUCUUUAGGUUCACGCCCGGGAACAAGGCAUUCUCAAAACUCUCGCCACGGUUCUCAGCAGCAUAGUCCUCGGUUGUCGCAUCGCAGUGAGGCGGAAGAUGUAGAACAUCAGCGGACCAACAGAGAUCAGCCUGACUCUUCCCUCGAGCAAUCUGAAGCCAUUUCACAUGAGGCACUCCUCCGACAGACUAGAUCGUAUCCAGGAGAAAAGUCUUCCUCGCUGCCCUCGCAAAUCAAAGAAACGCCAAUCCACCUGCGGCCAUCAGUCAGCGAUAUCUCUCAAAUGACAAAAGUUCCCAACACCAGCCCUGAUCGCCAAGAACCUAACAGAUGGGAUCGCGAAUCCAAUGCGAAUAACGAGGACGAUGAUCUGCCUCCCAUGUUUCCAGUGGGAAGCUCCGCCCGGUUCAGCCAACAACGACCAUCUCAAAUACGGGCCCAGUCUUCGCCAAUCAAGUGCAAACCAUCAAUAUUGUCAAGCCCGAGUGGAAGACAGCGCAGAAGAUUGAUGGAUAUUGCAUCAGACACCUCCCCUCAGGUUCACAGCAAAGACAAAGUAGUUGAAAUCGAUAUGAGUUUCUUUACGAACGAUCCGGACUUCAACGCUCUGAUUCAAGGAUCUCCGACACGCCCGAGAAAAAGACGCCGCGGAAAUCUGGGUCAGUCCUUCGACACGUCUGAGAUAACUCUUCCUGCGACUCCAGUCGCAGAGCUUCCACAAACAAUUACCCCAAUACAAGAGGUAUCUAGUCCUGUCAAAACCCAGUCAUCGACAGCGACUCGGGUUCCUACGAAUACCGUUCUUCGGCAGCCUGGUCCAUCUCGACGCGUUGAUGCAAAUGUCUGGGACAUUGAAAGCUCGCCUCAGCACAUCAUACCCCGGAGAUCUAAAUCUAGACGCAUGCAAACGUUUUCGUCUCGACACCGUCCUCAGUUACAGCAGAACUCGCAGCCUCGGUCAGUACCCUCGGCAGAACCCCCAACAAGGGCUUUGGCGCAAGGUUCUGAGACUCAACGCGAGAAGCAGUCUGAGAAUCAAUCAGAAAGUCAGCCCAGGGGCCAGUCUACGAGCCAGAUCGAAAAACAACAACGUCCAAAGCCAUUUGUCGUUCAGCACUCCGCCCCGGCCCCAUCGUCCGAACUAACGGAGCUUGAUAUUGACUCGGAAUAUUUGCUCUCGUCAGACCCUCGUCAGGCUAGCGCACCACUUUCGCCAAAACCAGCAGCAGUCGGUUUUGAUGAACGUCAAAUUGCUCCUCGUCAAAUCAUCUCUUUAUGGCCGGAUAGAAAGCCAGCCUACUAUCCAGGAACUUGUAUAGGAACACCUCUUGGUACUUCGUCGAUCAAGUAUUCCGUCAAACUCGAAGACAGCCAACCGAUCGAAGUGAACAAGAUGGCCGUGAAAAGACUCGAACUUCGAAUUGGAGAUGCAGUCAAGGUUGAAAUGACGGGUAUUCCAAGAGUCACGCACAUAGUCCGUGGGCUUGAGGAUAAACUCACCAAGGAAGAGUUGACUGAAGCUUCGGCAAGAGGCGAAUAUCCUAUAACCGAUAUAUAUGGCUACUCGACUGUUGUUCUGGGGCCAAAGAAUCGCGAGAGCCUCCCCAGUGGCUAUCUGAACAAAAACACAAAUGUAAUCAGAGUCCCAAUCGCUCGGAUCUAUUUGGACAAGACCCUGUGGCAUCGACUGAAGGACCGAGACUAUACAUACCAACAUGAAACCGCGCCUCCACAACAGUCCCUACCCCAAACUCCUGUGAAAUCCUCGUUACCUGCAUCGCCGAGCGCCAGAUUUUCGCGCAAUACCCAGGCCGCUGGCCUGUUUUCCAACAUCGCGUUUGCGGCUUCUUACAAGGACGAUGAGGCCUCGAAAAACAAUAUUCUGCGCCUGAUCAAAGAGAAUGGCGGCUCGAUCUUACGUACUGGCUUUACAGAACUAUUUGAACCCUCGUCCGUUCAGCGUUCCUCGGUCUCCCCUACCAAAGGAAACAAGAAGGAGGGAAAUUCAUUCCUUUCAGGACUCACACUUACCGACUCGGCCCAAAAUAUCGGUUUCACCUGUCUAAUCGCAAACACACACUCGCGUCGUGAAAAGUUCAUGCAAGCUCUGGCGCUCAAUAUUCCCUGUCUUUCGGGCCGCUGGGUCGAGGACUGCGUGACCCAAGGCUGUCUACUUGACUGGGGCAUCUACCUACUGCCUGCCGGAGAAUCAAUGUAUCUUGAUGGUGCGACGAAGUCGAGAAUGCUCAUUCCAACCCCACCAUCCAAAGCACGUCUCACACAGACAAUUGCCACCAGGCCAAAACUACUUGACGGAAAAUCAGUAUUGAUCGUCAUGGGUCGUGGCAAGGCUGAAGAAAAGCGAGAAGCCUAUGUUUUCCUCACUUUCGCCCUGGGUGCUUCUCGGGUAGAGCGUGUCCCUGACGUCGAGGCCGCACGCUCGAUGUUGGAAUCUGAAUUCGACUCCGGUCUUCCUUGUACUUGGGACAUGGUGUAUGUUGAUGACGCGGACCGUGACGCUGCCAGAACGACGUUAGCCCCUCGGCCCGUGUCCCAGAGGAUGCAAGGCAAGAAGCGGAAGAAGUCCACCGGGUUCAUUGUGGAUCCCUCUGAUUUGGAUGACAUCGAUACAAGUUACGCGCCAAGAGUCGUUGGCGCUGAGUUUAUUUGCCAAAGCCUGAUUCUGGGACAAUUGUACCACGAGUGA